AUGCAGCAAUUGAGGAGAUGUCUUCAGAAGGGACCAUGAGUGUAGUGGAAAGUGAGGUGAUGCCCCUGGAGUACGGUGGCAUGGACUCGGAGAGUAGUCCGUCUCUAUCUAGUUCGGAGAGGACAGUGGAGGAAAGGAGAGAGCGGGAGGUAGUGAAAGAGGAGGAAGAAGAAAUUCCCUCAAAUGUGAUGGAGGUUGAGGGUAAUGGAGAUAGGUGCUACGACCCAAAAUUAGACAUAGUGUCUGAGGUGAAAGGGUAUGUAAGUGAGUUGGGUAGUAGGAGUAGCCUUAGGGGUCUGGCUGGGGGUAAGGGUGAGAAGGGGUGGUACUACUUCGGCCCUCGAUCGUCCAGCAAAGAGAAUAGGAGUUUAUUCACUGCUGGACCGUCAUCCAUUAAAGGAUGGAAAGAAAAAUUCUUCUUCGUGGAUGACACCGAGUGGAGUAGGAGGGACGCUGAAGUAGAACAAUUGUCUGCUUGGAAAGCUAAGAAAGCCAAGCAGAACAAUUAUAAGUUGAAUGAGGAUGAAGUGGAAGACGUAGGGAAGCUAGUGAGGGAAGAAAAGGAGGUAGUGGAUAUCAUGUACCUCACCAGUGCAGAGGCAAUAAAGGCUGCUGUGCUCUAUGAGCCAAGCUCAUUAAGCGAAGGUGAAAUGGACGGCUUUCUGAACGUUGCUGAGGGGCUGGCUAUCCUAAAGAAGCCAAGGAAGAAGUCAAAGACUUCAACUGCGGCAGAAAAGGGGGUGGUAGAGAGGGAGCGGCUGUCCAGCACUUCCGCUUGGGCUUUGGAGAUGCAGCCAAGGCUAGAGCCUGUGAAGAGAAGCAGUGAUGAGGAGAGUGAGGAGGUGGCACCACUACAAAGGAAGAAAAGGAAGGUGGCCGAGCCCGAAGCUAGGAGGGAUGAGGUGGUUGAGUUCGUGCCUCGGCCUUCUCCUCCGGAAGUUGAUCCUGAAGUCAGGGAGAGGGAGGAGGCCGAGGUGCGAGGCCCUGGCAAAGGCAAUGAGCUCAUCCCUCCCCCUUCGUUCCAGAAGAGCUUAUUCGAUGCAACCAACAUCACUGGAGCGAAGUGGUUCUUGAAUGCCACUCUUCCAGAGGUGGAUAGGAGGCAAGCGAGGGAUGAGGUAGUUAGCUAACUAGGGGCUUGUGUUGUGAGGCACUCCCUAGAGGUAUGUAAAGAAAUCACAGUUUAUUCA